UGCGUCCUCGUCUCUAGGGAAACCGCUGCUGCCCGAGGCAGCCAGAGGCCGCACGAUGCCGAGCGCGGAGGAGCGGGCCGCGCUGGCUGAGGAGAACGCAGAAGACGAAGCCGGCGCCGACCCGCGCCUGCGACUUCUGGGGGCCUACAUGGCCCAGAGCCUGCGACCGGCUGCGGGCGCCUGGGAGCGCUGCGCGGGCACCGCCGAGGCGGAGCGGCUGCUGCACGCCUUCCUGGGCCGCGAUGCUGCGGAGGGUCCGCAGCCGCUGCUGUUGGUACGGCCCGGGCCUGGGGGCCUGGCGCUGCGAUCCGGGCUGGACGCGGGCCCCGACUCUGGCACGCCUCGUGCUAAGGGGCUAUUUUGCCUGCGCACCAGGCCCGAGCCGCCCGGGCCCCACAGACUCCGCGGCUCGGUGCUCUGCGGGGACGUGCCCGCAGCCCCUCUGGAGCACCUGUCCGCGCUCUUCUCCGAGGUGAGGGUGGGUUGGCCCCGCGCUGCUGCAACUGGGGAGGAGAAGGGGGAGGGGCGGGGCCAGGGGAGUGAGGCCAGGAGCCGAGUUUGGGGUGUCCGAGGAGAGCAGGAUGCUCUGGCAGAGGCGCAGGACAUCCACAUGCACCUGAGGCCACUCCACCACCACCUGGAAGCCCUUGAGAGCAUGGAGUUUCCCGAGGUGAAGCCAUGGCUUCAGCCUCUGCUCCACGUAGUCUGUCUCAUUUGGGCCACGUGUGAGUCCUACGACUCCCCAGGGCGGCUCAUGGUGCUGCUCCAGCAGACCUGCAACCUUCUCAUCCAGCAGGCCUCUAAUUAUCUCAGCCCAGAAGACCUCUUGAGAAGUGAGGUGGAAGAAAGUCAGAGGAAACUGCAGGUCAUCGUGGACACCUUGAACUUCUUCAAGCAGGUGUUUCAGGACCGAAGGGAGAAUCUCCAUACUUACUUUAAAGAGAACCAGGAAGUGAGGGAGUGGGACUUCCCAUCUGCUUUGGUCUUUGUGCAUGUGGACGGCUUCCUGGGACGACUACUCAUGGUGCAGGAUCUUCUGAACACAACCUUGGACUUCCACAAACUGGGAAAGCUUGAAUUUAGGGGCAUCAGAGGGAAAGCCCUGAGUCAGCAGAUUCAGCAAAUGUACGAGGAAUUUGAAGAGAUGCACAGGGUCUUCUCAGAAUCUUAUGACUGCUUGGACCCCCAAAGCACGGAAUUUGAAAAUGAUAUGUCUGAAUUUAACCAGAGAGUAGAAGAACUCGACCAAAGCCUGGGGACUAUCUUUAUUCAAGCCUUCGAUGACGUGCCCAGUUUGGAGCAUUCCUUUAAGCUCAUAGACAUAGCAGGAAAGCUCCUUGAAAGACCACCAGUAGCACAGGAUGUAGCCGAUAAAUACCUGGUGCUCAUCCAAAUGUUCAACAAAGACCUGGAUGCAGUGAGAAUAAUCUACAGUCAGCAUGUCCAGGAGGGGGCAGAAUUCGGGUUCUCCUCAGUGCACAAGAACAUGCCCACUGUGGCUGGGGGUCUCUGCUGGGCGCAGGAGCUCAGACAGUGCAUUCAGGGACCCUUCACCAACUUUGGAUCCAUCACACAUCCUUGCAUGGAAUCAGCUGAAGGAAAGUGCAUGAUACAAAAAUAUGAAGCCAUGCUCUCCUUGCUGGAAAAAUAUGAGACAAGUCUUUAUGAUGAUGGUCAGAUGGUAUCAGAGAAGUCACAGUACAAUCUUUCCCAGCCACUUCUGCAACGUGACCCAGAGACGAAGCAGAUCACUGUCAACUUUAACCCACAGGUAACCACAUUCUUUCUCCUGCUGAUUUCAGUGCCGAAAGAAAUGAGUUAUCUUGAACCCAGGCAGAUGAAGCACAUCCCCGAGAUGGCAGCAGCCAUCUUCUCUUCCAGGGAAUUCUAUCGGCAGCUUGUGGCUAACUUGGAGCUAAUGGUCAAUUGGUACAACAAGGUUUUGAAAAGUCUGCUAGAGGCAGAAUUUCCAUUAGUGGAGAAAGAGCUGCAAAAUACUGAUCUCUGCCUGAGAGCUGCAGAGGAGACUCUCAACUGGCAAACGGAAGGUAUUUGGUAUUAUGUCAGUCAAAUCACCAAUAAUAUUCAUGAUCUUGAACAAAGAGUUCAGAAAACUAAAGACAAUGUGGAAGAUAUUCAAAACAUCAUGAAAACAUGGGUGUCUCCAAUAUUUAAGAGAAAAGAUGGAAAAAAGGAAUGCCUUCUUUCCAUGGAUGAUCAGCAUGAUCGAGUGCAAAAAUCUUAUAGUCUCAUCAAAGAAUCUGGCCUUAAGAUACACACCCUUAUUCAGGAAAACCUGGGUCUGUUUUCAGCAGACCCAGCCUCUAAUAUCUGGAAGACUUACGUUAAGUACAUCGAUGACAUGUUGCUGGAUGAAUUCUUUCUAGCCAUUGAGUGCUCCCUCAAGUACCUCCUGGAAAAUACUGAAUGUCGAGCAGGACUCACCCCGAUAUUCGAAGCACAGUUGAGCUUAGCAAUCCCAGAAUUAGUUUUCCAUCCGUCCCUGGAGUCUGGAGUGAAGGGUGGCUUCCACGACAUUGUUGAGGGUCUUGUUACCAGCAUUUUUGGAAUAUCGUCUUUGGUGCCACGGCUUUCACCACAAAACGGCUCUCCCCACUACCAGGUUGAUGUGGAGGGCAUGGCCUGUUUGGCCAGCAUGAGGAGCACCCUCAUGGAGAGGUUUCAGAGCAUGAUGGCCCUCUGCUGCAGCUAUGAGAACACCUUCAGUCAGUAUUCCUACCUCUACAUGGAGGACCGGAAGGAGGUCCUGAGUCUGUUCUUGUUGUAUGGGCGUGUCCUCACACCCGAGGAAAUUGAAGCCCAUGCAGAAGAUGGCAUCCCAGAGAACCCUCCCCUCCUCCAUCAAUUUAAAGCGCAGAUUGACUCCUAUGAAAAGCUCUGUGAAGACAUGUGCAGGCUGGAGCCCAUCAGGGUGUUUGAGAGCUGGAUGAAAAUUGAUGUGUGACCCUUUAAAGCAUCUCUACUGAAUGUAAUUAAGAAGUGGAGCCUCUUGUUCAAGCAGCAUCUUGUUGACUAUGUCACCGACAGCUUGGCUGACCUUGAAGUGUUCAUAAAAAAUAGUGAGAGUGGCUUGCUCAAGGAAGUUGAAAAAGGCGAUUUUAAAGGAUUGGUUGAGAUUAUGGGACACCUUAUGGCUCUUAAAGAAUGGCAGGGCAGCACUGAUGAGAUGUUUGAGCCCUUAAAGCAAACUAUUGAAUUGCUGAAGACCUAUGAACAAGAAUUGCCAAAAACGGUGUUUAAGCAGCUGGAGGAGCUGCCUGAGAAAUGGAACAACAUAAAAAAGAUGGCCAUUGCUGUGAGUCAGCAGGUGGCCCCACUGCAAGUGAAUGAAGUGAGCAUCCUCCACCAGUGGUGCACAGCCUUUGAUGCUGAACAGCAGCGGUUCUGCGAGUGAUUCCACCAAGAAGCUCCCUUCAGAUUUGACAGCAUUGACCCUUAUCAAAUGCUGGAUGCCUGGCACACUAAGAUCCAGCAGUUGGAAUUGACCAUGGCCUCCACUGCCGAGUCUGCCAGCCUGUUUGAGGUUAGCGUUCCAGACUACAAGCAGCUAAAACAGUGUAGGAAGGAGGUCUGCCAGCUGAAGGAGCUCUGGGACACCGCUGGGGUGGUGACCUCCAGCAUCCGUGCCUGGGAGACCACCAUGUGGAGGGAUAUCAAUGUGGAGGCCAUGGACGUGUAGUGCAAGCAGUUUGCCAGGCACAUCCGGAACCUUGACAAGAAAGUCAGGGCCUGGGAUGCCUUCACGGGCCUGGAAAGCACUGUGCUGAACACUCUGACCUCGCUGAGGGCCGUGGCUGAGCUCCAGAAUCUGGCCAUCCGGUGGUGGCACUUGGGGCAGCUGAUGCAGGCCACGGGUGUGAGCUUCACUGUGGGCGAGGGCACGAUACUGGCACAGCUCCUGCAGCUCCAGCUGCACCGCUUUGUGGACGAAGUCUGGGGCAUUGUGGACAAAGCAGUGAAGGAGAUGGGGAUGGAGAAGACCUUGAAGGAGCUGCAGGCCACCUGGGCCAGCAUGGAGUUCCAGUACGAGCUCCACUUGCGGACCAAUGUCCCCCUGCUGCGGUCGGAUGAAGGCCUCAUUGAGGUCCUGGAGGAUAACCAAGUGCAGCUUCAGAACCUGAUGACGUCCAAGUAUGUUGCUUUCUUCCUAGAGGAAGUGUCGGGCUGGCAGAGGAAGCUGUCUACAGCCGAUGCUGUCAUCGCCAUCUGGUUUGAUGUGCAGCACACAUGGUCUCAUCUGGAGAGUAUAUUCAUUGGAUCUGACGAUAUCUGGGCUCAGCUGCCCCAGGAUUCUAAAAGAUUUGAAGGCAUUGACAUUGACUUCAAGGAGCUAGCUUAUGAUGCUCAGAAAGCUCUGAAUAUAGUGGAAGCCACCAUCAAAGCAGGUCUUUAUGAAAAACUGGAAGAUAUUGAGAGCAGAUUAUACCUGUGUGACAAAGCCCUGGCAGAGUACCUGGAUACCAAAAGGCUUGCCUUCCCUAGGUUUUACUUUCUCUCUUCUUCUGAUUUGUUAGACAUCCUUUCCAACGGCACAGCUCUACAACAGGUUCAACGCCACCUUUCCAAACUCUUUGACAAUAUGGCCAAGAUGCAGUUCCAGCUAGAUGCCAGUGAGAAACCAACCAAGAUAAGUAUUGGCAUGUACAGCAAGGAAGAAGAGUAUGUGGCCUUCAGUGAGCCUUGUGACUGUAGUGGUCAGGUGGAAAUAUGGUUGAACCACGUGCUUGCUCAUUUGAAGACCACCGCAAGGCACGAGAUGACAGAAGGUGUAACUGCAUAUGAAGGAAAGCUGAGGGAGCAGUGGCUCUUUGACUACCCAGCUCAGGUAGCCCUGACCUGCACUCAGAUCUGGUGGACCACAGAGGUGGGCAUUGCAUUUACCAGGCUGGAGGAAGGCUAUGAGAAUGCCAUGAAGGACUAUUACAAGAAGCAAGUGGCCCAGCUCAAAACCCUCAUCACCAUGCUGAUUGGCCAGCUCUCCAAGGGGGACUGGCAGAAGAUCAUGACCAUAUGCACCAUUGAUGUGCAUGCCCGGGAUGUGGUGGCCAAGAUGAUUGCUCAGAAGGUGGAUAAUACCCAGGCCUUCCUCUCGCUGUCCCAGAUGUGGCACCGUUGGGAUGAUGAGGCCAAGCACUGCUUCGCUAACAUCUGUGAUGCCCAGUUUCAAUAUUCCUAUGAAUACUUGGGAAAUACACUUUGCCUGGUGAUCACGCCGUUGACAGAGGGCGACGAUCUGGAGGCUGGGGUGGUAGAUGUGGACAAGAAAGAAAGAGAGGCUCAGAAAGCUCCCAUGAUACCUAGUGACUAUGGAAGGCAUGGGCGGUGGAAGAGGGAGGCGCUCAAGAAGAGAGUGGGGCUGCACUCAAGGACCCACACAUCCCCUUUACCGCAGGAUUUCUAUGUGGGGCUGUCAGCCCAGAAGCUCACCAUCGAAUGGCAAGGAACACACAGCCUAGUUUAUGGUGCCGUGUCUUGCGGCAACAUCUACAAGGGCCUGGCUCAGACAGGUGCCUGGGGCUGUUUUGAUGAGUUUAAUCAAAUCUCCGUGGAAGUCUUGUCAGUGGUGGCCGUGCAGGUUUCUAGCCUUCAGAAUGCAAUUCAAGAUAAGAAGCAGCAGUUUGGCUUCCUUGGGGAGGAAACUAGCCUGAACCCCUCUGUGGGUAUCUUCAUCACCAUGAACCCUGGCUACACUGGCCGCACAGAGCUGCCGGAGAACCUCAAGGCCCUCUUCAGGCCUUGUGCGAUGGUUGUUCCCGGCUUUGAGUUGAUAUGUGAGAUCAUGCUGGUGGCAGAAGGAUUCACUGAAGUCCGGUUAUUAGCCAGAAAAUUCAUCACUCUCUACCAGUUGUGCAAAGAGCUUCUCUCCAAACAGGAUCACUACGACUGGGGCCUGCAUGCCAUCAAGUCUGUGCUGGUGGUGGCAGGAUCCCUGAAGUGAGGGGACACUGACCGGCCCGAGGACCAAGUCCUCAUGUGCUCCUUGCAAGACUUCAACAUCCCCAAGAUUGUGACUGACGACAUGCCAGUGUUCAUGGGCCUGACUGGGGACCUCUUUCCUGCCCUGGACGUCCCUCGGAGGAGAGACCUCAACUUUGAAGGUUUGGUUAGGUAGGCGGUGGUGAAUCUGAAGCUCCAGGCUGAAGACAACUUUGUGCUCAAGGUGGUCCAGCUGGAGGAGCUCCUGGCAGUGCGGCACUCAAUGUUCGUGGUGGGCAGUGCUGGUGCCGGCAAGUCCCAGGUGCUGAGGUCCUUGCACAAGACCUAUCAGAUCAUGAAACGCCGCCCCGUCUGGACUGACCUCAACCCCAAAGCCGUCACAAAUGAUGAGCUCUUUGGCAUCAUCAAUCCAGCCACAUGAGAAUGGAAGGAUGGAUUGUUCUCUUCCAUCAUGCGGGAGCUUGCCAACAUCACCCAUGAUGGGCCCAAGUGGAUCUUACUGGAUGGUGACAUAGAUCCAACGUGGAUAGAGUCUCUCAACACUGUCAUGGAUGACAACAAGGUGCUGACCCUAGCCAGCAAUGAGAGGAUCCCUCUGAAUCCCACUAUGUGGCUCCUCUUUGAGAUCAACCACCUGUGCACGGCUACCCCAGCCACUGUCUCCAGAGCAGGGAUCCUGUACAUCAACCCAGCAGACCUGGGGUGGAACCCUGCAGUGAGCAGCUGGAUCGACAAGAGGGAAAUCCAGACAGAGCGAGCCAACCUAACCAUUCUGUUUGACAAGUAUCUUCCAACCUGCUUAGACACACUCAGAAUCAGAUUUAAGAAGAUAAUUCCUAUCCCAGAGCAGAGUACGGUGCAGAUGUUCUGCCACCUUCUUCUCCUGACCAAGGAGGACACCCCUGUAGACUGCCCCAAGGAAACCUAUGAGCUGUAAUUUGUGUUUGCUGCCAUCUGGGCAUUUGGUGGAGCGAUGGUCCAAGAUCAGCUUGUGGGCUACCUGGAAGAAUUCAGCAAAUGGUGGCUGACAGAGUUCAAGACAGUCAAGUUUCCUUCCCAGGGAACCAUCUUUGACUACUACAUAGACUCAGAAACCAAGAAAUUUGAGCCUUGGUCCAAGCUCAUCCCCCAGUUUGAAUUUGAUUCCGAGAUGCCUUUCCAGGCUUGUUUGGUGCACACGAGCGAGACCAUCCGAGUGUGCUACUUCCUGGAGCAGCUUAUGGAGCAGCGGUGGCCAGUCAUGCUGCUGGGGACUGCGGGCACCGGCAAGUCAGUGCUGGUGGGAGCCAAGCUGGCCAGCCUCGAUGGCGAGCAGUGCCAGGUGGAAAACGUGCCCUUAAACUACUACACCAUGUUGGCAAUGCUGCAAGCUAUCCUGGAGAAGCCUCUAGAAAAGAAGGCUGGCAGAAAUUAUGGCCCCCCAGGCAACAAGAAGCUUAUCUAUUUCAUCGAUGACAUGAACAUGCCCGAGGUUGAUGCCUAUGGGACUGUGCAGCCACACAUGGUCAUCAGGCAGCAUCUGGACUAUGGCCACUGGUAUGACCGUAACAAGCUGUGCCUAAAGGAGAUCAUGAAUGUACAGUAUGUUUCCUGCAUGAACCCCACUGCAGGCAGCUUCACCAUCAACCCACGGCUUCAGUGCCAUUUCAGUGUGUUCAUCCUCUCCUUUCCAGGAGCAGACGCCCUGUCCUCCAUCUAGAGCACCAUCCUGAGUCACCACCUAAAGCUUGGAAACUUCCCAGCAUCCCUGCAGAGGUCCGUCCCCCCACUGAUCGACCUCAUCCUUAACUUCCACCAGAAGACUGCCACCACGUUCCUCCCCACAGCCAUCAAAUUCCACUACAUCUUCAAUCUCAGAGACUUUGCCAACAUUUUUCAGGGCAUUCUCUUUUCCUCAGUGGAAUGUGUAAAAUCCACACAGGACCUAGUAAAGCUCUGUGUGUAUGAAUCAAAUUGGGUUUAUCGGGAUAAGAUGGUGGAAGAGAAGGACUUUAAUCUUUUUGAUAAAAUCCAGACAGAAGUGGUCAAGAAAAUUUUUGAUGGUAUAGAAGGGACUGUGGAGCAGACAUGAAGCCAGAACAUGUAUUGCCAUUUUGAAAAUGGCACUGGUGAGUCCAAGUACCUACCGGUACAGUCGUGGGAACUUCUGACCCAGACUUUGGUGGAAGCCCUGGAGAACCACAAGGAAGUCCACACAGUGAUGGACCUGGUGCUCUUUGAGGAUGCCGUGCGCCAUGUCUGCCAUAUCAAUCGUAUCCUGGAGUCCCCCUGGGGAAAUGCUCUCCUGGUUGGUGUAGGUGGGAGCGGCAAGCAGAGUCUGACAAGGCUUGCGGCCUACAUCAGCUCCAUGGAUGUAUUCCAGAUCACGCUGCGGAAUUGCUACCAGAUCCCAGACUUCAAGGUGUACCUGGCCAGCUUGUGCCUGAAAGCCGGGGUAAAGAAUAUCAGCACAGUGUUCCUCAUGACUGAUGCCCAAGUGACUGAUGAGAAUUUCCUUGUGCUCAUCAAUGAUCUCUUGGCAUCUGGAGAGAUCCUAGAUCUCUACUCUGAUGAUGAAGUCGAGAACAUCAUAAACCAUAUGGGGAAUGAAGUCAAGAGCCAAGGUCUGAUUGACAGCAGAGAGAACUGCUGGAAGUUCUUUAUUGGUUGGGUCCAACGACAGCUGAAGGUGACUCUCUGUUUCUCCCCUGUGGGGAACAAGCUGAGGGUCCGCAGCAGGAAGUUCCCAGCCAUUGUGAACUGCACAGCCAUCGACUGGUUCCAUGAGUGGCCUCAACCUGCACUGGAGUCUGUCAGCCUCUGCUUCUUGCAGAACACAGAGAGCAUUGAGCCCAAGGUCAAGCAGUCAAUCAGCAAGUUCAUGGCUUUUGUCCACACAAGUGUCAACCAAACGUCCCAGUCUUACCUGAGCAACGAGCAGCGCUACAACUACACUAAUCCCAAAUCAUUUCUGGAGUUCAUCAGACUCUACCAGAGCUUGCUGCACAGCAACGGGAAAGAGCUCAAGUCCAAGAUGGAGCGGCUGGAGAAUGGGCUGCUGAAGCUCCACAGCACGUCUGCCCAGGUGAGCCUUAGCCGUCAAUCUCUGCUGCCUGCAGAGGGCCGAGGGGGAGUGGGGGCUGCCCCUUUCCAGACAACUGGAGGGAUCACAACCGAGGUCCCAACAUCAUUCAAUGGUCUUCCAGAGAAACAGGACCAAAAGUUACAGCUGAGCUCCCCCAGCAGCUGGGCGUGCCCUCGACUGUGGUCAGCUCUGCUGUCUUCCACUGACGCGAGAAUCCCGAUCCCCUGAAGCACCUUUCUCCCUCUUCACCAUUUCCUCCCAUUCUGCUACUUCCUUUUCCUCUCCACCAACUUCCCUUCCAUCUUCAAAACCAAAAAAGAUGACUGGUUGGGAGAA